AUAACAACUGAGACUUACCUUUAAUAUAUAUGCUGGUUCAAACACUAAAUAACGUUUAUAAAUCAUAGUCGUCUUCUAUUAUUAUCAAAUAAAUAAAAGAGAGCAAAGUUUCUAGCACUAAAAUAAUUACCACCACAGGAAGUUAAUUUGAAACGCGAUUUUUUAUAAGUUAGCAGCUAUUAUCAUGCAUAUUCAGAGUUGUUUUGUGAACUUUCAACAUUCUACUAUUAAACUACAAAAAAUGGAAGAUUUUGCAACGAAUAUAAAACUUAUAUUGAGCGUCGAAAGAUUUUCCCGGUUUUUUCCCGAUUCGCCUCUCAAUCCCUAAUCGCCCCAUUUUACCGGAGUUUGGUGCUUUGUUAUGUCGAGGACGUAAGAAAAGGAUUGUGACAUUGAUACUAAUAUUGAUAUUUUUAAUAAACGCUAUGUUUUAUGUUAGUUUUGAAUUGUAUAAUACGGUUAUGAGAAAAAAUAAGAAGCUCUGGUAUAACAGAUUGAAGUAUGAUAAGAACUCAUAUGUUGAUGAAAGUGGUAUGAGAGUUAUCGUCGGACAUUAUGUUGGUGGUAUAGGAGGAGCGAAUCUAUCAGAAGAAAUAAUGCACACUAAUAAUUAUUCACCAGUACCUGGAGCCGGAGAGGGUGGUAGACCUGUGCAGUUGUCUCCACGAGAGCUCAUUACUGCUAGAGAGCUCUAUACAUUACAUUCUUAUAAUAUACUUGUUAGUGAUAGGAUAGCUAUUAAUAGAAGUCUUCCUGAUAUGCGAAGUGAUAGUUGUAGAAGCGUCGUGUAUGAUACGGAAGAACUUCCGACUGCUAGUGUUAUAAUAGUCUUCCAUAAUGAGGCGUGGUCUACGUUAAUGAGGACCAUCAUGUCAGUUCUGAUGAGGUCCCCACAGCUUUUACUAAAGCAGAUAAUUCUUGUUGACGAUGCGAGUGACAGGAGAUAUCUAAGUGAGGAAUUGGAUAACGCAGUAGCUAAUUUAGACAAAGUGCAAAUACUGAGGAGUUCAAACAGGAAUGGUUUGGUUGGAGCCAGGUUGAUGGGCGCCAGGGUUGCAACUGGAGAUGUGUUAGUCUUUUUGGACGCACAUUGUGAGGUUACAAAAGGAUGGCUCGAGCCCCUAUUGGAUAGAGCAGGUAAUGAUGACGUUUUCAUUUGUCCCCACAUAGAUCUAUUAUCAGAGGACACUUUAGCCUAUACUAAAAGUAUAGACGCCCACUGGGGUGCGUUCAGUUGGCGCUUACAUUUCCGUUGGCUCACUCCGAGUGGAGAUGUAAUGUUAAAGAAGAUUAGGAAUCCGUCAAAACCGUAUCCCACGCCGGCGAUGGCGGGAGGAUUGUUCGCAGUCAGAAAAAGUUUGUUCUGGAGAUUGGGCGGUUAUGAUUCGGGUAUGCUGAUAUGGGGCGCUGAGAACUUGGAGUUGUCGUGGAGGGCAUGGCAGUGCGGUGCAAGGGUUGAAAUAACGCCGUGCUCACGAGUCGGACAUAUAUUCAGGAGACAUAGUCCGUACAAAUAUCCAGGGGGUGUAUCUAAAGUGUUGAACUCGAAUUUGGCUCGCGCUGCCACAGUGUGGAUGGACGAAUGGGCAGAUUUCUUCUUCAAAUUCAACCCGCCAAUUUCCGCGAUACGCGAUCAACAAAACGUUUACGAUAGAGUGGAAUUACGUAAGAAUUUACACUGCAAAAGUUUCGAAUGGUAUUUAGAGAAUGUGUGGCCGCAACACUUUUUUCCGACAACCAAGAGAUGGUUUGGGCGAAUCAAAAAUGAAAAAGGAGCUUGUUUGGGUAUUACUGGAGGAACACCAGGACUUGGAGCUCCGGCUUUGGGUCUGCAAUGCGGUACUGACUUAGACCUUGAUAGACUACUUGUCUAUACUCCGGAAGGCAAGAUAAUGGCGGACGAGGGGCUGUGUUUGCAGCAAGGAAACGGCCGAGCCGUGUGGAAAAGUUGUAGUGACAAUAAAAAGCAAAUUUGGGUGCAAGAUGGUGCUAGAUUAAAAACUAUAAGUGGUUCUUGUCUUACGUUGCUAAUCUCCGAGAAAAAUAGUGAUGGUAUUGAUGAAGCACUAACGUCUAAGCGAUGCGUUGAAGACGAUAGUCAAAUAUGGCAUUUUGAACGUGUGCCUUGGCGCUGAUCAUGUGAUAUAGUACAAAUAGUUAACAGUACGGCCAUAAAAGCAGUAACUAAGUACAAGAUAUGUGAUAAUUUGGUACUUAAUACAUGCUUUAAACUUUAAAGACAUAUCAUUAUAAGUUGCAGUAGCUUUUAAGCAUCUCCAGUAAUGUCACCUGUGAUUACAUACAUAAUAUCGAAUAAAUAGAAAAAUAAUUGCAUUGCAAGCACUCUAAACGAAGUAUUUAUAUUCAAAUGUGAUCAUCAUGCAAACAGGUUUCAUUAAAAUUCAAUAUUAUUAAUCGAAAUAAAAAGACAGCAAUAAUAGGUUUUAAGUAGAUUUUUUUAACAAAGCUUGUAGCGAUCGAAUUGAACAUUAAAUCUAAUAAAAAAAAAUAAGGAGUAGUAUUAACAAAAACUGAUUUUUAAAUUUACAUAAAUGAUAUUGUGUCAACAGUAUAUAAAAUACGUAUUAUAGUAUUAUUAGUCUUUUGUACUGUAAUCUUUAGCUUUAAAUCGCAUUUAUUUUCGUUUUUUUAAAGCUCUUUAACAUUAUUUUUUGUUAUUUACUGCGAAUAACAAAAAAGAUCUGUUAUUGUAUAUCUGUGCUUUAGAUUUGACAUAUUUAUUUAAUUUUAAGUUUUACCGGUCUCUCAGUCGGUCAUUUAACUGUGACAACAUCGACGGUAAUUCUCUCUGUGUGGGACGAGUGUAGUUAAAGUCGUACACGACGUUGGCAACACAAUGUGUUUUUCAAUUAAGAAUAUGGAGGGUAGAAGUAAGGAGCACUAUCUCAGAGUAUUAAAAAAAUAUCCGGUGAAACUGAGCCAUUUACGGUGGCGCCAUAGUAGCAAGUGGAAAGAUUUUAAAAUCAGCACCAUAAACUGUUAUAGUGGAAUACUACAUCCGAACCCUCUCAUCGUGGCCGCUGGAAACUACAUACCCGACCCAGUAGACCGAAUGGUAAACCGUCGACGUCGCCCAAAGCACGUCAUUACGGAUCCUCCUGAUCCAUUAACGGUGCUUUUAGGCACCACAAGCACCGGUCACCGUCCUCGUCGAACCCGUCGCUUCCGACGAAGGGCUCGACGAGCGAAUUAACCCCUAGACACAGCCCACUGAGUUUCGCGCUGGAUCUUCUCAGUGGGUCGCGUUUCCGAUCCGGUGGUAGAUUCUGCGAAGCACUGCUCUUGCUAGGGUCAGUGUUAGCAACUCUCCGGUUUGAGCCCCGCGAGCUCACCUACAAACGUUAGGGCGAAGCUGAAAUAGCCUCUCAAGGCUAUCAGCAUAGGUAGGAAAAAAAAACUACAUUAAAAGGUAGAAGGUUUUACUAGUGGUAGGAACUAUUGUGAGUCCGCACGGGUGGGUACCACCACCCUGCCUAUUUCUGCCGUGAAGCACUAAUGUGUGUUCGGCUUGAAGGGUGGGGCAGCCGUUGUGACUAUACUGAGACCUUAGAACUAGGUGGGUGGCGCAUUUACGUCGUAGAUUGCUAUGGGCUACAGUAACCAUUUAACUCCAGGUGGGCUGUGAGCUCGUCCACCCAUCUAAGCAAUAAAAAUAAAGAAGGAAAGAAACAGUUCCUAAGUAAAAGUAGUGAUCAAAAUAAAUAGUUGUGAUUUCAAAUCCUGCCUAAUUUUUUAUUACACAAGUCACGAAAAAUAUUAAAAUUUUCAACCUAGCACACUUCAGUCUGUUUAAAACAGCUAUUUUCAUUUUAUUUCCAUUUCCUACACUAACGCUAUUUCAGUGAGUAUUUAAUAAAUUAAAUAACAUACUUUUCAACAUAGAACACUUCAGUCUGCCUAAAAUCACUAUAUUCAUAUCAUUUCAACUUUCUACCCUAACGCUAUUUCGGUGAGUCUUCAAUAAAUUAAAUUAAAUAACUUGCUGUUAACAGGUGGACAAUUUUUCAACUUGUUUCCUAAACAAUAAGGUGCUCCUUACUUCUACACUCCUAAAUUAAGAGUACAUAAAAUACUAUUAAAAUCGAAUUGAUAUUAGAAAUGGUAUUUUUCAGUAAAAAUUAGGAUAUAACAUGAUUUACAUGAAAUAAAUUUAUAAUGAAACGAAUGAUCUGAUGACAGUUGUUCGAUUUAAUCUAAAAGUAGCCGGCAAUAUAAGCGUAUAUUAUUUUAGAUAAUAUAUUUACACAAUUUAAUAAUAGGCAGAGGGGAGAUUGUCGAAGUACACUCGCAUUGCGCCGUUAUCUCAGGAGGAAAUAAGUGCAAUACAAUGAAAUAAAAGAAUAACAAUAUAUAAUUAUUUAUUGUUGUCUUCUAGUCUUAAAUUUGUCAUUUACUGUAUUGUUUAAAAAAAUGCGUAUUCUAUUGUGUAAUAUGAUACACCCUUUGUUUUAUGAUUAUUAUUUACAAGAAUUUCUUAGUAUAUUUUGCUUAAUUUGAUAAUGGUACUGAAUAAUCUGAGAUUGUUUUUUUUUCUAAAUAUUUUCACUCUUUUCGUCUUCCAUAUAUAUGAAAUGUAUUUGAAUAUUAUCUGUAAGUAAUGUAACAACUAUGUGAUAGUUCUUUUUUUUUUAAUAAGUUUUUUGAAAUGCGACCUUUUUCGGUGGUUAGUUAAAUAAAUUCAAAAGUUAUUCGUUUCUUCAGAACUUUACAGGCGUUUUUUAAAUCUUUGUGGCUAUCAUUAAUUUGGAAUGUAGUUUCACCACUUAGAAAAGACUGCGCUCAUGUGAGUAUGAAUCACAAAAUUUUCAAAAUAUUAUGAAAUCAGUGCACGUAACAUAAGAUGACUUGAAAACUCAAAGAAACAGGUCUGCAUUACCGAGUACUGAUCAAAGAUCUGUUCGUACUAUUGUUGUAUGGAAUACAAAAUCAAAGACACGCCUUCGCCAUUCACAUAGUCGCUUAAGGCUUUAUCUAUAAUUUUUCAUUUUAAAACUGUUACAGUUUUAAUACUAAUUAUCACAAUGAACUUGUGGCGGGCAUUCGUCGAAUAGAAAAGCUAUAAGCUAGCUAUAAAGCAAUAUUUAACAAAUGUUUACAUUCCAGUAAUUGUUAGUGAAACAUAGGUUGUAUUUUUGUAGUAGACUUGGAGGGUUAAAUCUGGUACUGCAAGAGUACAAGUACCGCAAAAUGGUUAAAGCUAAAGAGCCAUCUUUAUUUAUUAAAUGUAACGUUAUUACUAUAACUGAAAACUACAGAGAUGGAAUCUUGUUCGGAGUCAAUCGAAUUUUCGAUACGAAUCUAUUAAAAUAAUUUCGAGGGUGAAAGACUAUUUGGUUUAAUUUUUGCAACUUACAGGAGAUCCAUUUAAAGUUUAAAAUUUGGAAAAAAAAUCAUAACAAAAAAAACGUCUUCAGCUAUUUGAAUGGGAUAAACUUAAUUGAAGCUCAAUUAAAAACAUUGAAUUGUUUAUGGUAAUGCUAAAUAAAACUCAUCUUUAAUUACAAAGAUAAAUAUCUCGUAUUAAGCGAAAUGUCGCUUAAACCAAAUGAGCCUUUCACCCCUCAAUUUAUAUCUUUAUUAAAAGUUAAUCUUGUGAUUACUUCGAGAAAAUUGCUAUUUUUAACAGUUUCGGAUUUAUCUAUCCAUGUACCACCUACUUAUAUGUAGGAUUUUAUACAGUUAAGACGUAAUGUAGAAAAAAACCGGCAAGGUUUUUCUUGCGUGUCGCAAAGAUGGGCUCAACGCUUCCCCGUUUUAUGAAAAUGAAUAUCGUAAUUUUUUUGUCAACAAACUUGCAAAGUUGCUUAUCACGAAUGCGGGAUUUUUCGUGAAGAAAUUGAAAAUGAUCGUUUUGAUCGAAGAUAUUUUAAAAAUGAUACCAGCACUAAUGAUCUUCAUAUUUUACGGCAACUAUGCCCAUUUUCUAUUUUAAUAAUAAAUAAGAAACUUCCAUUCGGAAAAACACAUGUAUGUAUAUUAUGUGAAAUCGCUGAAAACAGUUGUUUGAUCUGUACAUUCAAUUUAGAAUGUAAAAAGAAUUGUUGGCGUGGAAAAAAAAAACAUUAAGCAAGGCAUAUCCUCAUUAUUACCUACUAAACUAAAAUGCGUAGCUACUUUCGUCCUAGCUUUUGCGGCUUUCAAAGCAUGCAGUAAAUACAGCAGUAGUUUAAAAAUAAGGCCCAACUUUUUAACGAGAUCUUGAAGAAUGUUUUUUUUUGUAGUAUUGUUUUUUUUUUUUCUUUAAUGGCGUGUAAUAAUGACGAAUUUUGUAAUUAACUGUUUAGUGUUUUAAAAUUUGUACAAGCGCGAGAAUUGAAACCAAUUAUGACUGUGAUAUGACAUUGGAUUCAUCCGAAAAGCUCAUUGCGGUUUCAGUAUAAUCUCUCCAUUUUUUUAAUAGUAGAUUAUAAAAUAUCUAAAAUGACCAACAAGGUUAUCCACGCUUAUUAUAACUUAAAUAUUUAACUCGCCCAAAAUAAUACACGCAAAUAGAACCUUGCCAUAAUAAGUUAUAGUUACGCUCUAAAUGUACAUAUAAAGGUGCUUCUUAAUAUUUGUGUAUUAUGAUAUUAUUGAGAGACUGAAAUAAGAUACAAAAAAAAAUGUUUUUAUUUUUACAUAAUUCAUAUUUAACACACACAAUGGUUGUAUGCGAAAAACAAUAAUGCAUUAAAAACGAAUUAAUGAAUAACUUGUGUUUUGAAACCAGAUAUCAGCUUCAUUAUUUUCACCUAAAGAUGUAAUAUAGCGAUAGUGCUAAGAUGAAAAGCAAAGGUGUUUUUUGAAGACGCGUAGAAGAAUUGCAGCUGUCUCCGUUGCAAAUAAAACACCGCACGUCGCUAUGUCCUCGUGCUUUUUCUACUGCUAUAAGACCCAGGCACACGGAGUCGAUCUGCGCUCGUGGUAUACAGCCUCGAAUUACAUCCAUUGUAUUUCCGU